CACUGAAAAGGUCUCUGGUCUAUUUUCUAUUUUUCUAUUUUUCUUUUUCCUUUAUCAUCAAUACAACAACGAGUAAUGGCUUCUAUGAAUCAAGAUUAUGUCCCGAUCCCUCAGUUUCCUGCCUGCUUUGAUGGUCAAUGGAAAAAUAUUACCAAGAAUCCACACUUGAAAACAGUAAUGAAAUUCAAAGCUGGUACAACAUUGCCUCCCCAUCAUUUCCCAUCAAAAGCCCAUAUCACUGUUCUAAAGGGUUCAAUCCAAAUUGACGAUUUAGAGUCAAGCCAAGCUUAUAUUUUACGAGAAUCGGAGGAUUGCACAAUACCUGCACUCUUGGUACAUGAAAUGCAGUUUACCGAGGAUGUCGAGUUUGAGUUCGAAUUGGAAAAUUUGAAUGAAUUGAUCAUCUACUGGGAUUUGGAAGAACGAUAGUACAGUUUUUUCAACUUAAUAAAGUCU